AUGAAGUUUUUCGAGAAUAAAUUCACUUACGACUAUUCCUUUCCUGCUGUUUCCCUCGCCUACUUCCUCCGCUAUCCAAACCCCUAUUCCCGCCAUGUCCUUACUACCGACGUGAUCGAGCGACAUGUCGACCCAAACACUCAACGCCUUCACACCACGCGGCUGCACCUAAAGAAAUCAAAGAUUCCCUCGGGUAUACUGAAAUUGCUACCCAAGGGAAUGGGUGGCUCUGACAACUCUGGCCAGAGCUACAUCCUGGAGACCACUGUGGUCGACCCCAAUGAGGGUUGGAUGACGACUGAAUCCCGCAACAUGGAAUGGACUGGUAUUCUGAGCGUCGUUGAGAAGCAACACUACCAGCGGCAAUUUGCUGAAGGAGAUGCGCGCGCUUUGGAUGCGCUAUCACUCGACAAGAACAACGAACAAACUACUGUUCGGACCACCGUGACAUUUAAGUCACGACUCGGUAACGGGAAAUUACUGGGACGGAAGAAGACCGAAUCUAUUUCAGGGCAGGUCGAUGCGGAAGAGGAGGCUCCUAAGAAGGGCUUUUUCUCAUCGCUGUCUACUGCAGGCAUUCAGCGGACCAUCGAGCUGAUUGGAGUUAGUCGGACACGUGACGCGGUGCUGAAGAGCAAGGAAGGAAUGAACAUUGUCCUGGAGCGUCUGCGUAAGGGUGGCAUCGUCGGUGUUUUGGAAGGUAUGCGCAAAGAUCGCGAGGCGGCAUUCGGACCUGAUGGGCCUUGGAAGCGCGUGUGGUUGAAUGGAAGUGGCCCCAAUGGUCGGGCCAUUGAGGACGACGACUAA